UUGUCAUUGUGGCCGCCUGCGUUAUGACUUUCGAGGCCCGAGACAGCGCAGCCAAGAUCGUGCCAGCCAGGUUCCGCAAGACAUUCCCAGAGCGGAAGAGCAACGAGGAAGACUCCGGCAUGAGGAACUCCGCGUGCCAGACCAAGUGGGAGACGCUAGGACUCUACGGAUCAGAGUUGAUGCGGCAGCAGAAUGGCCGUGAGCUCUCCCGCCGUGCUAUGACCUUUGCUUUCAUUCAGUUCUCCAAGAACCUGCAAACCAGCAUGGACUCAGCCGCCGAGUACUACGACUCCCGUGGCUCCCGUCCUCAACUGGUUAAGUGUCCAUCUGCGCCGUCCCUCGUGCGUCCCUUCCAGCAGGGGGAGCGCCGGGUAAAUGAACCUCCCCGGGUACUGAAGGUGUCCGCGAGGCCUGCUCAUCCCCCUCAGAGCCCACAAGGUCGUCUCACCCCAAACAGUCUGCCACGUCAGGCCAUGUCCAUGGACAACCCUGCAGUGCGAGAUGUUUAUAACACCUAUAAUUCGUUCAUUGGUGAGCGUGGAGACGAAGACUUGGAACUGGGCGCCUCAGCCACGGGUGUGCAUCAGGCAGGCAGCGAGGCAUCUCUGGCCAUGGACCUCCACUUGCCACAGUGCUCAGUAACUUUGGCUGUCCGGGAUCAAAGUCGCUCACCCAGCAACACACGCACAGACUUCGAGGAACCGUCGGCAUCCAGCCCGUUACUCGAACCAGAUUUGGAGGCCGCUGGACCCUCAGGUCUGUCUUGCAUCAAGGUGGACAAACAGACCUCCACGUCUGACCACUUGGCGCUCAACCUGCUAGGAAUAUCUCGGGAGACCUGGGAAUCCCGAGACAUAACGGGAAUGUCUAGUCGGGCGACCAGUGGAGGCUCCUUCCGCGAGGCACGACGCCCGCGGUCCUCACGUCGCGUUCGUCGCAGCGAGACCAUUGACACAGCCACGGCUGCAGUCCGACGCAUACAACAGCGGCAUUAUUCGCAGUCCUCCGGGUCUGGCAGGCACGGAUCGGUACGCAGUGGGUCCAGUCGCAGUGCAGCAGCUGAGGCUCGCAGGCUGCAGAACACUCGAAGUGAAACAGCGCGACGUCACCAGUUCCUCCGACAACAGAAGAUUGAGAACGGCGAGUCACACGAUGACGUCGUUACCCGCGGACACUUCGAUGUCUAGUGUCCUACGAAAGAAUGAUGUCAAU